AUGGAGAAUGACGGGCAGCUGAACAACAACAAUGUACAAGGUCUUAGCCUCAUCACGGGAAACCAUGCAGCCUGGAACCAGCCGGUGGAAUAUGACUUGGAUGCUCUCCUAGGAGCUGAGGACCAUCAUGUGGACACUAAUCAGAGAAGUGAUGAUGAGGAUCGCUGCCCUGGGAGUGGGACACCACCAUCCAAGCGCGCUAAACGCUUCUCUGUGCAGCAGGUUCAAGAACUCGAAGCUAUGUUCCAAGUGUGUACCCACCCAGAUCCUAGGGUGCGCCAGGAACUUGGCAGAAAAGUUGGUUUAGGGGAAUGGCAGGUCAGAUUCUGGUUCCAGAACAGGCGCUCCUCAACGAAGUUGAAGGCAUGUGGGAACGAGAUCAGGGACAUGCAACAAGAAAAUACCAAGCUGCGUGCUGACAAUAUUGAACUCAAGCAACUAGUUCAGAACCCAACAUGCUUCAGAUGCCGCGACCCUGCAGGGGCAAACCAGCUAGUGUCGGAGAAUUGGCGCCUGCUCAAUGAAAAUGCAAGGCUCAAGGAUGAGUUGCUGCGUGCCAAAGCUUACCAGGACAGCGUCAUCCGCGAGGCAGAGCGACCUCAGUCUAUGUCAUCCGAGCAUCAGGCAUCAGCUUACACGCACCCUGUGCCAUUCACCUAUAAUUGCAGAACCAACAAGGCAGCACUUGUCUCGCACGCUGAACGCGCCUUGAAAGAGUUUGUCAUGUUAGCAACGAAGGGUCAACCGAUGUGGAUUCCGACCAUCGACGGCGAGGUGCUCGGUGACCAGGAGUACGAUUUGCAUACGUUCCCAGGGUUACUUGGACUCUGCCCGCGGGGGUUUAUCGUGGAGGCCACAAGGGAGACUGACAUGAUCAGAGGAGAUGCCAUGGACCUCGUUAGCAUCCUUACCAAUGCGGCACAGUGGUCUGAGAUGUUCCCUGACAUCGUUGCAUAUGUGAGGUCCACCGAUGUCAUCUCCAGCAGCAGUGGUGGGACUUAA